AUGUCAAUGUAUGUGUUCUCUUUCCUAAAAUAUAAGUAUAAGUAUAUUGCAAUAAUAAGACUUGAAUUUGAACUAAAACAGAAUCCAAAAUCUCUUCAAUCCCAUACACUAACAACCGUUAAUUCUCCAAGACACAAAAGUCAACAUUUUAAUCGCAUUACCGGCCAGACAACAAGCCUGUCAAACAUACGUGUCAAACAAACGCUGGACAAACCAUUGUCAGACAGCAAACAACAUCACAGGCAACAAACCAAGAAUCAACGCAACAAGAAAUAUCCAACAAUAUCACAGGCAACAAACCAAGAGUCACAGCAACAAGAAGACCCAACAACAUCACAGGCAACAAACCAAGAGUCACAGCAACAAGUAGACCCAAUAACAUCACAGGCAACAAACCAAGAAUCAACGCAACAAGAAAUAUCCAACAAUAUCACAGGCAACAAACCAAGAGUCACCGCAACAAGCAGACCCAACAAUAUCACAGGCAACAAACCAAUAGUCACAGCAACAAGCAGACCCAACAACAUCACAGACAACAAACCAAGAGUCACCGCAACAAGAAGACCCAACAACAUCACAGCUAACAAACCAAAAGUCAUCGCAACAAGAAGACCCAACAAUAACACAGGCAACAAACCAAGAGUCACCGCAACAAGCAGACCCAACAACAUCACAGGCAACAAACCAAGAGUCACCGCAACAAGAAGACCCAACAACAUCACAGCUAACAAACCAAAAGUCAUCGCAACAAGAAGACCCAACAACAACACAGGCAACAAACCAAGAGUCACCGCAACAAGCAGACCCAACAAUAUCACAGGCAACAAACCAAUAGUCACAGCAACAAGCAGACCCAACAACAUCACAGGCAACAAACCAAGAGUCACCGCAACAAGCAGACCCAACAAAAUCACAGGCAACAAACCAAGAGUCACCGCAACAAGAAGACCCAACAACAUCACAGGCAACAAACCAAGAGUCACCGCAACAAGAAGACCCAACAAAAUCACAGGCAACAAACCAAGAGUCACCGCAACAAGAAGACCCAACAAAAUCACAGGCAACAAACCAAGAGUCACCGCAACAAGCAGACCCAACAAAAUCACAGGCAACAAACCAAGAGUCACCGCAACAAGAAGACCCAACAACAUCACAGGCAACAAACCAAGAGUCACCGCAACAAGAAGACCCAACAAUAUCACAGGCAACAAACCAAGAGUCACCGCAACAAGCAGACCCAACAACAUCACAGGCAACAAACCAAGAGUCACCGCAACAAGCAGACCCAACAACAUCACAGACAACAAACCAAGAGUCACAACAACACGCAGACCCAACAACAUCACAGGCAACAAACCAAGAGUCAACGAAACAAGCAGACCCAACAACAUCACAGGCAACAAACGAAGAGUUACUGCAACAAGCAGACCCAACAACAACACAGGCAACAAACCAAGAGUCACCGCAACAAGAAGACCCAACAACAUCACAGGCAACAAACCAAGAGUCACCGCAACAAGAAGACCCAACAAAAUCACAGGCAACAAACCAAGAGUCACCGCAACAAGAAGACCCAACAACAUCACAGGCAACAAACCAAGAGUCAACGAAACAAGCAGACCCAACAACAUCACAGGCAACAAACGAAGAGUUACUGCAACAAGCAGACCCAACAACAACACAGGCAACAAACCAAGAGUCACCGCAACAAGAAGACCCAACAACAUCACAGGCAACAAACCAAGAGUCACCGCAACAAGAAGACCCAACAACAUCACAGGCAAUAAACCAAGAGUCACAACAACAAGAAGCCCCAACAACACCACAGGCAACAAACCAAGAGUCGCCGCAACAAGCAGACACAACAUUACCACAGGCAACAAACCAAGAGUCACCGCAACAAGCAUACACAACAACAUCACAGGCAACAAACCAAGAGUCACCACAACAAGCAGACCCAACAACAUCACAGGCAACAUAGAUUGUAACACCUAA